AUGGCAAGUGAUGUCAACAUUGGUUAUAAACGUCUUAACGAUAAACUGUCUUCACUAACAGGGAAUGGAGUAGAGCUCUCGAUUGGUAGCAGGCUUUUUGGAGAUAACAGAUUAAAUGUUUUAAACACAUUUACAGCGAAUGCUUUACAAUACUACGGUAGCGAUUUGAAAAGCAUGAAUUUUAAAUCGGCACCAAAUCAGUCAAGAAUCUACAUUAAUAAUUGGAUUGCAAACGCAACGAAAGAUAAAAUCAAGAAUAUGUUUCCACCUAAAACUAUAACUUCGGCAACUGUUAUGGUUUUAGCCAAUGCAAUUUACUUUAAAGGAACUUGGAAUAAGGAGUUUAACCCACAUAACACAACAAAGAGGAAUUUUCUGAACAAUUCUAACCAACAAAAACAAGUUGAUAUGAUGUAUGACCAACGCAAUGUGGUUGCUGGUGAGAACACCGAGUUGGAUUGCAAAAUUUUGCAACUUCCAUAUACGGGAAAUAAAUUAUCAAUGAUAUUUCUAUUACCAAAUGAUGCAAAUGGACUAUCUCAACUUGAAAGUAAAAUAAAUAUGACAACAUUUAAAAGUCUGUUUUCUGGAAUUAGGCCACGAGAUACAAUAAUCAGAAUUCCAAAAUUCGUAUUUGAAGCUAAAUAUGAUCUAAAACCAGUACUAACAUCAUUAGGAAUUACUGAAAUAUUCGACUCGCAGACAGCAAAUUUCGCAAAGAUGACAACCAUGAAAUCAGUUUUUGUAAAUGACGCCCGUCAUAAGUCAUACAUAGAAGUCACAGAACAGGGUACUGAAGCUGCUGCUGCUACAACGAUUCAGAUGGUGAUGACAAGUUCAAUGAGCGGACCUUUUCAGUUUGUAGCUGACCAUCCAUUCAUGUUUGUCAUACGGGAUAACAAUUCGGGAACUAUUCUUUUUGUUGGACGGUAUGCGAAUCCAUGA